AUGAUGACUUAUCCAAAUUCUGAAUUAGAAACAUUUUCGGCUAAAUUAUUAUUUGUUUUGUGUAAAGAAAAUGUCGAUCGUUUAAUCAAUUUAGGCGUAAUACAACCAGCAACAAUUUGUCCGGCUGGUAAGCCAGUGGCUAUUGAUAAUGUCGUACAAUUUCGUAAACUAGUUGAAUCAAACAAAAAGAC